AUGCCUACCUACACAAUCACAGGUGCGAGAGGCGGCAUCGGUCUCGAAUACGUAGCUCAGCUCAGCCGCGACCCAGCCAACACAGUCGUCGCCCUCGUCCGCUCCGCCUCCUCCUCUGCCGGCUUCUCCUCCCUCGCCGCCACCCAGGCCACGAGCAAAGCCACGGUCCACAUCCUGGAAUGUGACGUCGCCUCCGAAGCCUCCAUAUCCGCCCUCCCGGGUAUUCUGUCCGCGGCCCUUGGCGACUCUGCCAGAGUCGACGUCCUCAUCAACAACGCCGCGACGCUGCAGUACGCGUCCCAGACGAGCCUGACCCUCGACGCGGCGGGGUUGGAGGUGCACAUGACGUCCAACGUCCUCGGUCCGGCGCGCAUGGUGCAGGUCAUGCUGCCUUUCCUGACGGCUAGAGGUGACGGCGAGGGGAGGGCCGCUGCCGUUGUUGCGAACAUCACCUCUGGCGCGGGGAGUCUGAGCCAGAUCAGCGAGGGCCGCGUGAGGCCCGUGCUCGCUGGUUAUUCCCUCAGCAAGGCGGCACUGAACAUGUUGACGGUGCACCAGGCCAAGGAGCUGAGGAGUAAGGGGGUUAUCGUGGUGGUUGUUGACCCGGGCCACGUGAAGACGGCUGCUGGCGGGCCCGGCGCGACUGUCGAGGUUGAGGAUAGUGCUGGAAGUGUGCUUCGUCUGCUAGCUGGGUUGAGGGAUGAAGAUAGUGGGAGGUUUUAUUUGUACAACGGGACCUCAGUCCCGUGGUAA